AUGUUAACAAAGGAGUUAUUAGUCACCCUCCUUACGCUAUCGGGUAUAGCGAAUGUUGUAGUGUCCGAGUCAGUCUCAGGCAAUUCCAUCAACGAAGUACCAAAGAAGAAAACCACCACCACGGGGGGAGCCUUAUAUCCACAAGCUACGGAAACUAGAGAUUUAAUAAACUUAGAUGGAAUAUGGAACUUCAGGAAAUCUCCAUCGGAUCCCGAAGUCGGAUAUCGUGGUGGCUGGUAUGAACAGGAUCUUGUCAAGACAGGUCCAGUAAUCCCAAUGCCGGUACCGUCGUCAUACAACGACGUCGGUGAGGACAUAACGUUACGAGAUCACGUUGGAGUGGUUUGGUACGACCGACGAUUUUACGUCCCUUACUCGUGGGGUGCUACAGGACAACGCAUCUGGUUGAGAUUCAGCAGUGUACACUACGCAGCCGAAGUGUUUGUGAACGGAAAAUCGGUGCUUUUCCAUGAAAUCGGGCAUCUGCCGUUCGAAGCUGAGAUCACAGAUGUAGUAAAGUACAACACCAGCAACCUGCUCACAGUCGUGGUGGACAACACGCUGCUAAGUGACACUAUUCCACAAGGGUCCAUUAAGGAUAUUUAUGUGGGUCCAAAAAAGAUCCGCCAGGAGCAAUCAUAUACGUUUGAUUUCUUCAACUACGCGGGCAUACACCGCAGUGUGUAUUUGUACUCCACCCCUGAAACCUACAUUGAUGACGUAAUUGUCAAUACGGACAUACAAGGCCUGACAGGUUUUGUAGUGUACAAUGUGACCUACAGAGGCUCGAACGCUGAGAAAGUUCAAUGCUUAGUAGAAGUUUUCGACAAGAAUGACACGCAAGUAGCGGGCUACAACGAUUGCGCUGGUCUGUUAGAGAUUGGUAACGCUAAGUUUUGGUUUCCAUACUUAAUGCACCCUGAACAUGGCUACUUGUAUACGUUUAAGGUGUCUCUAAUAGGUUCGUUGGGGGAAAUCCUGGACACUUAUAGCCAGAAAAUUGGUAUUAGGACAAUAACGUGGUCGAACACAACUAUUUUCAUAAAUGAAAAGCCUCUAUACAUGAAAGGAUUCGGUAUGCACGAAGACUCUGAUUUACGAGGUAAAGGCUGGGACCCUGUGCUAUGGGUCAAAAACUUUAAUCUAAUCAAAUGGCUCGGAGCAAAUGCAUUUAGGACAUCACAUUAUCCAUACGCUGAAGAGAUCUACCAGCUCGCAGAUGAGUACGGUAUCAUGAUCAUCAACGAGUGCCCUGGAGUAGACAUUGAUAUCUUUACGAAUAAUCUGUUGGCUAAACACAAGCAGUCCAUAACAGAGUUGAUCCGGCGCGACAAGAACCACCCGAGUGUGAUCAUGUGGUCCAUCGCCAACGAGCCCCGAUCAGGCAACAAACUCGCUGAUAAAUACUUUGGAGAACUGGUGAAACACGUUAAAUCUAUGGAUCUAUCCAGGCCCGUUACUAUCGCCAUAUCUGUUAAUGCUUUACUUGAUAAAUCAGGUCGUCACUUGGACGUGAUAAUGUUUAACCGAUACAACGGGUGGUAUAGCAAUUCAGGCUCAACAGUUCAGAUCGCACAUAACGUGAUAGAAGAAGCCACCAACUGGUACCGCCUCCACUCCAAACCAGUUAUCAUGAGCGAAUACGGAGCUGAUACCAUAGCGGGCUUGCAUCUGUAUCCCGAGUUCAUCUGGUCGGAGGAAUAUCAGUGCGCACUGUUGUCCGAACACUUCAAGGCGUUCGAUCACCUACGACAGGUUGGCUUUUUCGCUGGAGAAUUCAUAUGGAAUUUCGCUGACUUCAAAACUGCACAAUCAAUCACUCGCGUGGGCGGCAACAAGAAGGGUAUAUUCACGCGCAAUCGUCAACCAAAGGCUGCAGCUCACCACAUCCGUGCGAGGUACCACGCUAUAGCAGCGUCUGAUUACGGUAUACCAAAAAUAGACACAUCUUACUACGUCAGCGAUAACCAGCCUGCCAAACAUAACGAAUUGUAA